AUGGCAUACGUCGACCACGCGUUCUCGUUUACCGACGACGAUCUAAUGAUGGACGGAUCGUACACCAACACCAACCGUCCUCCCAUCAAGGAGAUCGGACUCGCCCUCUCCCUCCUCGUCUUUCGCAUCAUCGAUAUCGUCGUCGGCUUCUUCAUGACCUCCAAUAGAGUCUUCUUCGACAGAGCUCAUGGUAAGAUCCUUCUGUCCUUUCGUAUCCCUAAUCGCUUCAUCCUCGUUUUUGGACUUGAUUUGGCUGGGAGGGGGGGGGGGAGGGGGGGUUUAAUUAGGGUUUGGAUUUCUACCGCUCGGGUUUUAAUUAUGGCCAUCGAAGUGCUGGGGAUCGGUGUUAGUCUGGGAGUGGAGCAACCGAUGAUGUUGGAUUGGGAGGAGGUCGAAGCGAUGACAACGGUCAAGAGGGAGGAUGUGGUGAGGGCAGUGCAAAGAGUGUUGGGCGGCGACGAGGAAUGUCAAGCGAUGAGGAAGAGAGCGACUGAGCUCGCCGGGAUGGCUCGGGAAGCGGUGGAGAGCGGCGGAUCUUCUUAUGAGAAUGUUACGAAUGAUUACAGUGCUCUAUGGGGAGUUGAGAGACGUGGAGGAGCAAGCUCGGAGGCGGCCUUGUAA